ACAAUCCGUAUUAUAACUAGAUUAUCCUAAUACACACGAAUUGAUUAUAAAUCUUUAAUGUAUCUAAACGUAGUCGACCGUGUCGGAGGAGAACAAAAGCCGUUGUUAACCACACAUUAAUAUCAUAUUCAAUAUUGCUGUAAUACAGAAACUGACAAUAAUAAGUGUAAAGUUAGAAUGCACAAUACUGAGGAAUAUAUUGGGACAAGUGUUAUCUGUGAAAGGCAAUCGACCAGGAAUACUGAAUACGAUGACUGUUUAAGGUCUAUGUAGCGAUGAUAUUAAUGUUUAUGACACUGAAUUAAAGAUGAUACUUGAUUAUAACGGGUCAGAAAACUUGGCCGAGACAGAAAUUGGACAGUAUUGAAGUUAGAACAAAAAAACUUAGUAUAUAUGAUCAUGGUUUAAAGAUUUAAGAAUUGUGUACGAAAUUUGUUUAGGAAGAAUAAUCCUUUAUUAAUCCAUAUACAGACUGUGUGUUACUCGAGAAAUGACGUUAGCUAGUUUUAAAAUGUCGAUACAACACAACUUACCGUUUGAAAUUUCUCGUGAUUUAUUAACAUAUGAGCCUGGAGCAGACACCAAGAAUAUUAAGCUGAAACAACAUUUAUGUGUCCGACAUGCCAUGCCUAAAACAAAUUUAUAUGGAACUAUUCUACAUGAGAAUGUCAGUCAGGAUCGACAUCUGGAAAGACAGUUGACAAGCCUGAGUGUUAGACAACUGAAAAAUUCAAAUUCAUUUGAUCUCUCAGCCAGAACUUUCAUGAAAAAUCAAGAAAGAAAACAGGCCAAAUGGAGACGCGAGGAUGAGUUUCGUCUCUCUGGGCUCAAUUUACCAAAUGUACAAAUAGCGGAAGAAAAAAGGCGCCCAAGUUUUGAUGUGAUGUAUCAUGCACCGGAGUACAAUUUUAGAAGCCAGAGUGUCAGAGGAAAGGAAAAUUUACCCAAAAUGCCAUUCAGUAUCCGACGUGAAAAAACGGAGAUUGUAACUCAUAGAGAGCGGACAUUUAUGACACGACUGCCAGAAGUUAUGGUUGUCGAUCAGGAUGCACUAAAAGAAUAUAAUAAAUACAGAGGCAAAUUGCAUCUAAAACCAGGAGCUCCGACUAAAGAUGGUAGAUUUCAGAAACUACAUUCAACUUUAUCACAACCCCUUAUAAAAGACUCCGAUGACCUACCAAACGAAAAUUCAAAGAGUAAGAGUCGUCUUUCGAAAUACAGCUACGAAUCACAUGAUGAUCAAACUGAUAAAUCAUUGGAUAUGACAGGACAAGAAGCAGACGACAAUAGACCACCGUGGAUGAUGACGCGUGCUCAAACAGAUAUGAUUUUAAAGAGAAAACAAAGAAACGCGGAGGAAGAUACACUCAGUAUUCACCAACCAAACCGUUCAAAAAGCAAUGACAUUUUGGAAUCUUUUAGAACAAAAGACGUAAAACAGCUAGCAAAGUCAUUAAGUAAAAACAGAGCCGAAAAAGACAAAAAUGGCAAAGAUUCGGUAACAUUCGUGCCUGGUGUUAAUGUAUAUUACAGUACGAAAAAGUAAAACCAAAUAUGAAUCAAGGUUGGAAAAUUGUGUUCAUGUAUGGAGUAUUUAAUCGUCACCAUUACAGUAUUAUUGUACUAUUAUAUUAUUUAUUAUUUCAAAUACGUUUAUUUUUGUGGACUUUGGGGGUAAUUACACAUCUAUAGGGAUGAAUAAAAUGCUUUAAGUCCAUUUUAUAUUGAUUGUAUACAUGUAUAUAGAGGCCUGUUUAACUUGAUUACGGUUCUGGAAAGUUUCUUUCGAAAAAGAGGAAUACAGUUACGGAUAUUCGAUACUUAGUUUAAUUAAUUAACUGAUGGCUUCUUCGAAGUCCACUGUCAAAUAGUACAUGCAAUAUGGAGGACGAUGGCAUGUACUAGACCGAUGCGAUGAGUUUAAUUUGAUCUGGGACAUAAAAUAUAUAUGUUAGUAUAAUA